AUGGGCCAGGUGACAGGAGGCCUUGGCUGGCGGCUCAGCCUGCUGCUGCUACCCUUGCUUCUGGUACGAGCUGGUGCCUGGGGAUUCCCAACAGGCCCCCUGAGCCUUCAGGAGCUGCGUAAGGAAUUCACCGUCAGCCUGUACCUGGCCCGGAAGCUGCUCUCCGAGGUUCAGGGCUACGUCCACAGCUUUGCUGAAUCUCACUUGCCAGGAGUGAGCCUAGACUUCCUGCCCCUGGGACACAAUCUCGCCAAUGUCUCCCUGACCUUCCAGGCAUGGCGUCACCUCUCUGACCCAGAAAGACUCUGCUUUCUCUCCACCACACUUCGACCCUUCCCUGCCUUGCUGGGGGCGCUGGGGACUCAGAGGACCUGGACCAGCUCAGAGAGAGUGCAGCUGUGGGCCAUGAGGCUGGAUCUCCGGGACCUCCACAGGCACAUCCGUUUUCAGGUGCUGGCUGCAGGAUUCAACUGCUCUGAGGAGGAGGAGGAAGAGGAGGAAGAGGAGGAAGAGGAGGAAGAAGGGCAGGAGCUGCUCCUAGGGGCUCUGGAUGGCCCCAACCAGGUGUCAUCCCAAGUGUCCUGGCCCCAGCUGCUCUAUACAUACCAGCUCCUACACUCCCUGGAGCUUGUCCUGUCUCGGGCUGUUCGGGACCUGCUGCUGCUGUCCAUGCCUGGGCACCCGGGCCCAGCUUGGGAGUCCUAA